AUGUGCAGUGUUGGUUGUAUUCACAAGGGAGAACAUUACAAAGUAGGAGACCAAUGGCCGGAUGGUGAAUUCAUCUACUAUUGCAAAUCUAAUGGUGGUCGCAGUCAAAAGGUAUGCAUUGGCUGCCAACAUCGCCAAAAACGACUCUAUGAUGGUGAUCGAUAUCGUGACGAGAACUCUGUCUACGAGUGCGAGAUUCGUCCAGAUUCAUUCGGACAUAAGCCUGUUGCCUGCCUUUCCAAAGAACUCGAUGGUUCACAGGUUGAACGAGUGAUUGGAUGUAGAUGGUACCUGCAAUCUCCUCAAGCAAAGAUCGAACAAACAUGUGAGCUCAGUGGUACGAAGACAUCAGUCAAAACACUUGGCUGCAUUUACAGGCAUAACGGCUUCGACACAGUCUACUUAUCGCCUGACCGGUACACCAUUUGGAAUAUACCUGGCAAGAAGACGGCUAUGGGAAUAGCGUGUCGAAUUACCCCUGAUGGCGCUAAGUUGGAAACGUUCGACGUCACCCAACUCCCACAAUAUACGCAAGGACUAACGUACGAUCAACCGCGAGGAAAAUGA